AUGUCUUCUGGUUCAGUCGAAGUCUUCCUUGCACCAUUGUCAAAUUUUUCCUCUGUUCUUGAGGAUAAAUUGUGGUGUCCCGUGAGAGCGUUAAAGUGGUAUAUCAACCGUACAAGGUCGAUCAGGAAAUCAGAUCAGUUGUUUGUAAUUUCUCGCAAGCCGUUUUCUGCAGCGUCUCGCGAUACAAUCUCUAGAUGGAUCGUUGAAGCUAUCAGCUCAGCGGGCGCGGACGCGUUGCUUGCAGAUACAGCCAGGCCAAAGGCCCAUGAUACGAGAAGUAUUAGUACUUCGUGGGCCCUCUUCCAAGGGAUCCCAGUCGAAGACAUCUUGAGAGCCGCCUUUUGGCGCUCUGCGAAUUCUUUUACAGCUUUUUAUUUGAAGGACAUCCCGUCCAGCGAGGAAAGAGUAUCAGGUGGAGAACUAUUUGAUAGGAUUGUGGCCAAAGGUAAUUACACAGAAAAAGAUGCCAGUGAGAUAGUCAGACAGAUACUUGAAGCUACAACAUACAUCCAUAGCAAAGGAAUUGUACAUAGAGACCUUAAGCCAGAGAAUCUACUAUUCUAUAGUCCUGAUGAAGAUUCAAAAAUCAUGAUCAGUGAUUUUGGGUUGUCAAAGUUCGAGAGUCAGGAGGGUAUGUCGACAGCCUGCGGCACGCCCGGUUACGUAGCACCAGAAGUUCUGAGGCGGAAGAAUUAUGGGAAGGGAAUUGACAUCUGGUCAAUAGGUGUUAUCACAUACAUUCUAUUAUGCGGUUAUCCUCCAUUUUAUGAUGAUAACGACGCCGCGCUCUUUCAGCAAAUCAUGAAAGGGGAGUAUGAAUUUGACUCUCCAUACUGGGAUGAUAUCUCAGACUCAGCUAAGGAUUUUAUCGGGCAUUUAAUGGCUUUGGAUCCAGAUGAUAGAUAUACAAGUGAAGAUGCCAUUAGACAUCCCUGGUAA